CUCUCUUAAGGAUCACGCCUGUUCUGGCAGGGUGUUCGCUGUGAGGGGCGAGUGCGGCGUGGGUAGUGGGCUGUGUGGAGUUGGGCCUUUGGGACGCGACCGCCGUGAACUCUCGCUUUGGAAAGGGCCCAUGAGUUCUUUGGGUUUGCUGUCUUCCCACCUGAAGGCAAGACUCUGGGAAAGUCAGCACCUGCCGGAAAAAGAUGGGAUCGAGCUUGACCGCCCAAAGGCGCGGAUGGCUGCGAGGUCCAGGGUCGCCGCGCAGCCCCUACAUGAGGGACUUUUGAUAGUGAAAGUGGAGGAAGACUCACUCGAAGGUCGGGGGUCCGACCUGCCCGGGACCUGGCAGGACCCGGAAACUUCUCGACAGCAGUUUAGGCAGUUGCGUUACCAGGAGGUGGAUGGACCCGAAGAGGCGCUGCGCCGGCUCAGGGAACUCUGUCGUCGGUGGCUGAGGCCUGAGAUGCGCUCGAAAGAGCAGAUCCUGGAACUGCUGGUGCUGGAGCAGUUCCUGACCAUCCUACCCGAGGAACUCCAGGCCUGGGUGCGGGAGCACUGCCCCGAGAGCGGGGAGGAGGCUGCCGCUGUGGCGCGGGCUCUCCAGAGAGCCCUGGGCGGGACCUCACCCCAGGGAUUGGUGACAUUGGAGGAUGUGGCGGUGUCUCUACCCUGGGAGGAGUGGGAGCACCUGGACACAGCUCAGAGGGACUUCUGCAGGGAGACCGUGCAGAAGGAUUAUGGGAGCACAGUCCUGCCUAGUUUGGAAACUAGAGCUGAGAACAAAGAGUUGAUUCCAAAAGAAGAAAUUCUAGAAGAAGCAGAGCCACAGUUGUGGCUACAAGAAGUUUCCCAGGGAACUCCCCUGUUUCCUAAAUGUCAUGAUACCUGUGAGGACAGAGGGAAAAAGAACCCAAGAAACCCUGUGUCACUGAAACUCAAAAACUCUGAAGAACAGGGACUUACCAGCAUCUCAUAUCUCAACAAUAGUUACACAAAAGAGGGAGUCUCCAAAAAUAAUGAAUUUGGGAAUAGUCCUAGAAGUUCAAGCUUUGUCCUUGGUCAGCACAUCCACACAUCUCGGAAGCCAGUGGAUAGUGAGGAACAUGGGAACAAGUGCAUAGAGAGUUUAGAUGAGGUGAAACAUCAUAUAGUGAAACCUCACAACUCUGUUGACAGUGGAGACAGUGAGACCCAGGGAUGGAUCCAUGAAGAAAGACCUUAUAAAUGUGGUCACUGCGAGAAGAGAUUCAAACAGCGCUCAGACCUCUUGAAACACCAGAGGAUUCACACAGGUGAGAAACCCUAUGAAUGCCAAGAAUGUGGGAAAAGCUUCAGUCAGAGCGCUGCCCUGAUUAAACACCAGAGGACACACACUGGCGAGAAGCCAUAUGUGUGCCUGAAAUGCGGGGAACACUUCAGACAGAGCUCGCAUCUCAAUCGGCAUCAGAGAACCCAUGCCGGAGAGAAGUUCUAUAAAUGUGAGGAAUGUGGGGAGACCUGUCAUAUUUCUAACCUUUUUAGACAUCAGAGACUUCAUAAAGGGGAGAGACCCUAUAAAUGUGAAGAGUGUGAGAAGAGCUUCAAACAGCGCUCUGACCUCUUUAAACACCAGAGAAUCCACACUGGGGAGAAGCCUUAUGGAUGUUCUGUCUGUGGGAAAAGCUUCAGGCAGAGUGCAACCCUCAUUAAACACCAGAGAACUCACACUGGAGAAAAACCUUAUAAAUGUGUUGAAUGUGGGGAAAGCUUUAGACAAAGUACACACCUUGUCCGACACCAAAGGAUCCAUCGAGGCAUCCCACACAGGGUAAGUUCACUCUGACUUGAGUCUCAAGAAUACCUUUUGAUGGAGAACUUCCAUGAAGGAGGAAUGUACAUAAGCUGAGAGCCCCCCAAAAGGGUUGGUACUGGAUAAAACGUCUAAUAACAUCUAGGACUGACAUGUGACACACUUCUGCCCUGCUCAUCACUCUUCCCAUUACUGCUUUUGGACAAAAUCUUGCCUGUUUCAGUUACUUCUCUACUAACCUAAUUAUUUAUUAGGCACUUGGAAUUGUCCUGCUCCUUAGGUGGUGGAGAGGAUUUCAACUACUUCAUAAUUCUUGAAAUACUUGGUUAAUUUCAGCACAUAUAUGAGGCCCUUGAUAUAUAUAUAUAUAUAUAAGAUUAAUUGUGUAGAGCCCCUCUUUCUUUCCCAUUCUAGGUGUCUUAGUUCAGUUUUAUAACUUGAUUUCUUUUGAAAAAAUCACACACACACACACUUACUUCCUGGCACAGUAUCUUUUUCACAGCUUAUUGAAUAGGGUUCUUUACUGGAUAACUUGGUUUCUGAGAAAGGCCAUCAGGAAACCAUCAUUAAAUUGUACAUGUGUGGGCUCUUGUAAUACCAGUCUAGAGCAUUUUUCCUGUGGAGGCUUCUUACAGUGUGGGGCAUAAGGAAGUCCUCCUGUAGGUUUCCUUGGGAUCUUCAAAGAGAGAAGGCCCCGAGGACAGAAGAUUGUUUUGUAUAUAGCAGUAUUCAUUUGCAUUAUAUAAUACUCUUCAUUUCUCCAUUGAUUUCCAAGCACUCCUCCAAGGAAUUAAGAACCUACCUUGGCUGGGGCGGUAGCUCAGUGGUAGAGCACUGUCUAGCAUGUGUGAGGCACUGGGUUCAAUUCUCAGCACCACAUAUAAACUUUUGUGUGUGUAUGUGUGUGUGCUGGGGAUUGAACCCAGGGCCUUGUGCAAGCCAGGCAAGCACUCUACCAGCUGAACUAUAUCCCCCCAGCCCUCAGCACUGCAUGUAAAUAAAGAUCCAUUGAAAAUUUAAAAAAUAUUUAAAAAAUAAACCUACCUCAUCCCACUUACAAAGGAAGAAUGUAAGGUUCACCUCAACAUUUGAGUACUCAGGAGAUCACACAGCUUGCCCAGUAAGUGCAAGUUUACAUCUUUACCUGAGUGUGUGGCCGCCAUCCCAUAAUUCCCUUACUCCGCCCCUGAGUUCUACCUUGACUCCAUCUGGGUCCUCUGCAGUGGUGGGCUGUGGACCCCAGUGUAGCCACAGGGGAUCAGUGGGUGCGUGCACCCGCACUGUGACAGGGAACAGGAGCCACAAGUUUUCAAAGUUGAUUGCUCCUUCACUUCCCAGCACUUUUUCUACCCCAUAUCCAGAGGAAGGAAGCAGCUGGGAUUGGCUUAACAUCCUGUUGGGUUCCGCUUGAGGCACACAAGCAUUUGGUGAAAGAAAAGUCAUACCUGGGCAUGGUGGUACACACCUGUAAUCACAGCAACUCCAGAAGCUGGAGGAUCACAAGUUCAAGGCCAGCCCAGCAACUUAUCAAGACCCUGUCUCAAAAAGGUCUGGAAAUGUAGCUCAGUAUUACAGCAUUUGCUGAGCUUGUGCAAAUCUAAUCAUCUUUCUAGCCAUAUGUGCUGACAAUAAAUACUGCAUGCAAAUUCUUUUUUUUUUUUUUUUUUUUUUUUUUUUUCUUUUUGAGAACCUUGACUUUUAACUAUAUUUAAGAAUAUAAGGGGCUGGGGUUGUGGCUCAGCGGUAGAGCACUUGCCUAGCAUGUGUGAGGCACUGAAUUCGAUUCUCAGCACGACAUAGAAAUAAAUAAAGGUCCAUGGACAACUUGAAAAUAUUUUUUAAAAGAAUAUAAGCACCUCACUGGGUAUUUGGGAAAUAAUAGAGGACAAGAUCCCUUAAUCCCAUGUGAUCAACCUGUUAUUGGCAUUUUAUGGUAUUUGCCUAUGAUUUUUUUCUGUGUGUAUUUUGUGUGAUAAAAACUGUAGUGUGUUUAUAUCUUUAACAUUUUUCUCUUAAGGAUCUUAUCUUCAUUCCUUUACAAUCUUUAUGCUUAAUGGCUGCAUUAUUUUCCAGCAAGUGAAUGUAACAAUUGAAACUUUUUAUUAAAUAGUUCAGGCAUUUCUUAUUUUGUUAUUGUUUUUGAUAUGCAAAGUGCAUAUCUUAAUGAAAAUAAAAGACUUAACUAAAAGUUUACAUCUUGCCCGGAAGUCAUUUAUUUAUACUCUAAAAAUUUACUUUUGAUUUCCUCUUAGUAUUUUUGGAUUUUUUGUUUUGGUACUAGGGAUUGAACCCAGGGGCACUUAACCCCUGAGCCACAUAC